AUACAGAGUAGAAAAGAAAAAGAAAAGAAAAAAAAAAACUUGUACCGAAAAUUAUGGUGGAGAUGGUCAGAAACAAAACAGAAAGUUUAUUAUUUUUGUGAAAAUUAAAAUUAUCAAUUUUACAAAAUACAAAAAAUAAAAUAUUCUAUUUAAACACUCAAUUCCAAGAAAAAUAAAGUAAAAUAUAAAAAAACAGUAUGUUCAAUCGACACACAACCCAAAUGACUCAUGCUGGACUAACUACAUUUCAAUUCACCUAAGAAGGAAGAAAAUAAGAAUAGUUUUUUUUUCUUAUAGAGCACUAAAUAAAAAAAAAUAAAACAAAAAAUAAAGAAAGUGAAAAAGUUCUUCUCGUAAAACACACAAAAAAUACGCUAUCUUUGUAAAAUCUCGUAGCACACAACCGUGCUCUAUUGUCCCCAAAAAUCUCAUCAACAACACCUCUCCUCCAUCAUCAUCCUAUUGCUUCAAUAGACUUCAACUUGCUCACUACAAUGGCGCCUUCACCGAGUCCAAAUUUUUCCAUGGAUUGUUGGCUAAACGAUCCACCCGAUAUGGUCCAUGUGACGUGCCUCCUUCCGAAUGGAAUUCUUAUGAUUCAGGAAGUUUGUGCGACAGCAACAAUCCGGGAAAUAAAAAUGGAGCUCCUGGCCGGUGCAAAAGCAUAUCCACUCUAUGAAAUGCUCAAGGAACACUCGAUGUAUGCUCUGCGAGGCAUAACCAAAUUCAAUACUUUGGAAAUCUGCAAAGACUCAAGUCGAUUGUGUGAUUUACAACCAUCUCUUUGUCUCUUAGAACUCGCUGAAUCAACAGAGUACUCCAGCGACCAAGAGCUCUGUAAUUUAAUAAGUUAUAUGAUUGGCAAGUCUGUGGAUGACUUUCGAGCCAUGAAGAGUCCUGAAGUUAGUGACUUUCGAUACAAAAUGUCUUUGUUAAGUGAAGAAAUUGAAAACGAAAGAGCCACAGUGUCUUGGAGUGAGAAAUUAUUAUACGAGCAUCCAUUAAGACUGGCGAGGACACCUCGAAUGCCAACGAUUAAGGGGCGUUUGCGUAGUGAUAGCUUUGUGGUGUCGGUAAAAUUGGAAAAUGAUGAAAGUAUAUUUAGUUUGCGGGCGAAUGAUACUGAUACACCAACAAAGCUUAUUGAAAUGGCAUUGGCAAAGAUGUCUAGAUCGAUGGUUAAAUUGAAUGGUCAAUCGACUUCUUCGUAUAUUCUGAGAGUUGGCGGGAGAGAUGAAUAUUUGUUUGGAGAAUUUCCUUUGAUUCAGUUUAUCUACAUUCAGGAAAGCCUAUCACGUGAUGGUGUUCCAUUAAUAGUUCUCAAACCCAUACACACUUUACCAACAUAUAUUAAUCAUAAGCAACUCAGCAUAGAAUAUAAACCAAAAACCACGGAGAACCUCAACUAUAAAACGAGCACAAUAAGAAAACGUCAAAAGUUUGCUUCAUCUUGGGACAUACAAGAGCCAUUUCGUUUAGAAUUGCACGGCAUCGACAACGUUAACUGUGAUUUAAAUCCAACACCAGAAAUUGGAGUACAUUUAGGUCUAUUUCAUGGUGAAAGAAGACUUUGUGCAUUGCAAAAAUCUACAGAGCUUCCCGUAGAUAACGAUGGUAAAAUUGUGUUCAACGAAGCAAUAGCAUUUGAUAUCUUCCUGCAAAAUGUGCCUCGAAGUGCUCGACUAUGCAUUUCUAUAUACGCAAAGACUGUUAAGUUGAGUGGAUCUCGAUCGAAAAAAAUUAGCACUAGCAAAGAGAGUAAAGAUAGCAAAGAUAUCAAAGAUAGUAAAGAUAACAAAGAAAGUGCUAAAGAUAAUCGAGAGUAUCGGACGAGUCCGUUAGCUUGGGUAAAUACAACUCUGUUCGAUUAUAGGCAUCAGUUAAAAACUGGUCAACUAACUUUGCAUACAUGGACGAAUGCUGAUGAUAUACAAUCGGAUGAAAUAUUUCAUCCAUUGGGUACGGUUGAACCAAAUCCUAGGAAUGAAGACUGUGCUGUUGUAAAGUUAACAUUCCAUAAUUACAACUGUGAAAAUGGAAUUAUUUAUCCAGAGGAAGAAACAGUUCUAUUGCAUGCGGAAAAAUUAGCAGAGACGGAAAAUCUUAAUCGAUCUAAAUCACAAGAUAAGAAGAUAAUACAAAAGGUUCUAGCAAGUUAUUCUCGAAGUGACAAACUUGAUGAGAUGCACGAUCAAGACCGAAAUGAUAUUUGGUCAAAUAGAUUGGAUUGUCGCAACGAAUGCCCAGAAGAAUUGUCAAUACUACUGCACUGUGUAAAUUGGAACGAACGCAAUGAAGUAGCUGAAAUUUGGAGCCUUUUAAAAGACUGGCCUUGCGUUUCCGUUGAGCGAUCUUUAGAACUUCUAGACUACGCUUAUCCGGAUCCAGCAGUUCGAAACUUUUCAAUACGAUGUCUGCGGCAAUUAAAAGAUGAAGAAUUACUUCUUUACCUAUUGCAACUAGUUCAAGCAAUAAAACAUGAAGCGUAUUUAGACUCAGAUCUUGUAUGUUUUGUUUUGGAGAGAGCUUUACGAAAUCAACGUAUUGGACAUUAUUUCUUUUGGCAUUUACGCUCCGAAAUGCAAACACCUUCCAUGCAAGUUCGUUUUGGCCUCCUUCUUGAGGCAUACCUUAAAGGUUGUAAAUCACAUGUCCCACUUCUUCAUAAACAAGUUCAAUGCUUGGAAAAGCUAAAGCAGGGUUCUGAGUCAGCAAAGAAAGGGAGUAAAGAAAAAUCGAGGCAUUCAUUGCAAACCUUUCUAGCGAACGAUCGAAUCGGUGCAGUAUUUAAAGGAAUUCAAAGUCCGUUAAAUCCUAGUUUUCGGUGUAAAGGAGUAAAGCCGGAUAAAUGCAAGGUUAUGGAUUCAAAAAUGCGACCGUUGUGGGUCGUUUUCGAAAAUGCCGAUAUGCUCUGUGAUGAUAUCUAUAUUAUAUUCAAAAACGGCGAUGAUCUAAGACAAGAUAUGUUAACGCUUCAGAUGUUACGUGUCAUGGAUCAGCUGUGGAAGAACGAAGGACUCGACUUUCGAAUGAACAUCUACAAUUGUAUUAGUAUGGAACGUCGACUUGGUAUGAUCGAAGUUGUGCUAAAUGCUGAAACCAUUGCGAAUAUUCAAAAGGUCAAAGGCAUGUUCUCUGCAACGUCACCCUUUCAAAAAGGUUCUUUGUUUAGUUGGCUCAAAGAGCACAAUAACACGGAAGAAGAAAUGAAUAAAGCAGUUGAAGAAUUCACUCUUAGUUGUGCGGGAUAUUGUGUUGCUACAUAUGUAUUAGGUGUUGCCGAUCGUCAUUCUGAUAAUAUUAUGGUUAAGAAAAACGGACAGCUUUUCCAUAUCGACUUCGGUCAUAUACUUGGACAUUUUAAAGAGAAGUUUGGCGUGAGACGUGAACGAGUUCCUUUUGUCUUGACACAUGAUUUUGUAUAUGUUAUAAACAAAGGACGGACUGAUAGGGAAGCCGAAGAAUUUCGGUAUUUCCAAAAACUGUGUGAAGAUGCAUUUCUCAUUUUACGAGAGCACGGUUGUUUAAUCCUUUCAUUAUUUUCAAUGAUGAUAUCGACUGGUUUACCCGAAUUGUCUUCUGAAAAGGAUCUUAACUACCUUAAAGAAACUUUGGUUCUGGAACUGACUAAAGAAAACGCACGCGAACACUUUCGCUCAAAAUUUAGUGAAGCUUUGGCCAACUCGUGGAAGACUUCAUUGAACUGGGCAUCACACAAUUUCUCAAAGAAUAAUAAACAAUAAGUAUAGAAUAACAAGAUUAAUAGAGAACAGAAAUGGAUUGAUUUAAUAUUAACUACACAUUUUUCCAUUUGUAUUCUUCAUCUGCAUUGUUCGUAAGCUAAAAAAGCAAUAAUGAUUAAAAAAAAAAGAACUUAUGUAUUUAAAAAGUUCAUUUUCGUUAAA